UCCCAUCAUAGUGUCCUAUCACACCACUGCCUGGUGCCCGGCGUGGUGCAAACCGGCUGCCCAGCCAAAUGCAGCCCUGUGCUUGGCACCACCACUUCAGCUUCUAGGCUCCACAAGCAACGGGUAGCCAGGCCCUGAUCUACCACAGCGAAAAUGCGGUUCGGCUCCUGCCCGCUCUGGGGAACACUGCUUUUUGUAAGUUUAGCAGAGUUUCUUACAGAUUUUUCUGGAAUUGGGGUUUUUGCCAGUGCAAGUGACUGCAAAAGUGCAACCAUAGAUGACGUGAAUAAGUGUCUUGAGAAAUAUUCAGAAUGCUUCCCUGAAAUGGUCAAAAAAGCUGGACGAGAUUCCCUCAAUCGCCUCACCUGGAUGCUGCAAGAAAGUCUUGAUCUUCUGCGACCUAGUCAAGAGAAAUUUUGCAAGCAUUCACCCCGAUGCCCACAGCCUCUGGCCCCUAAGAAUGGUGGGCUGGUGUGUGUUACCAUCGACAGUGUUGAGUACUGCAAACCCAUGUGCAACAAGGGUUAUGACUUCCAGUUCCUCAGAAGAAGCAGGCUGUAUGAAACCUGUGGCAACAUCACUGGGUUUUCCUGGACGACUCAGAUGGUUGGGGGGCAAACAUUGGCUGUUUGCGAGCCCUCGGAGACGGCCAUGAGUGGAGCUGAUUCUGCCUAUUUUCCUGCCAACAGCAGCUGCCUGCACACAUUAGCCUUCUCUGAGCCUGAGCAGCUGAACAUUUUCCUCAAAGAACUUGCUGAGCAAGGCAUAGACAUCUCCAACCACGACAAGCAGGCGGACUGUCUAAUGUGUGGUUACUAGCACCGAGGAUGGCAGGACCAAAACUCUUGUGCCACCAAGAAGGGGCUGUCUACGGUUGGACAUGGGUAUUUUGAUGACAGAAGCAGAACAGUGAAAUCCCUGCUAAGACCUGCAAACAUACAGCUUGUAUUUCAUUAGAAGGUUAGCAAUCAUAGUCACCAUUUGACUUCAUCUCUUGGGUGGAGGCUACAUAGGCUAAAACUAAUCACAUAGCUCACAGUGGGGGCAUUUCAAAGAAAGAAGAUCACUUUUUUAAGCCUUAAAUUUGUCUAACCAGAAUUAUAAAAGAAUUACAGUUGAUUAAUGGAUGUGGUCAUUAGUUAAACACAGUAAUUGUUUUCAGAAA